CUCCGGUCACUCCUGCCAGGGGAGAAGACAUGUAAAUGCGCCUCCAGAGGAGGGGCUGGGGGAGCUGGGAGUGGCGGGGGCGGUGGAAGGUGAGCCCGAGAAGGUGGCCGAGUGCCCCUUCUGCCGGGCCCUUCCCAGUGCUCCCUUGGGGUGUCAGCCUCAGCCCUGUUUUUCCCUACUCCACCCCCCUUUUCGAAGGGAUUGCCUUUUUUUUUUUUCCUCUGCGGCGGCGGAAAUGACAGUGUGGUGCUGCCGUGGUGUCAUGGUGCUGCCCCUGGACUGAGGGGCGAAAACUCUUUAAGUUUAGCUCGGGAGACACAGCCGCGGUAGCAUCGCGGCCGCCGUGCUGUCCCCUGCGGGGAGCGCGGGCUGGCGGAUCCUGGCUGCUGUGCGGCGGCGGCGGCGGCAGCGGCGGCGAAGGCGGGCGGCGGCCUAGAGUGGUGGUGGCGGCGGCGGCGACGGCGGCCCAGGAGCUCGCGCCGGAGCCCCAGCCAGCUCGCUGCGGAGGCAGGCGAGCGCCCAGCGCCCUGGGGCGCGCCGAGGAGAUGGCUGGCACCUGGGAACGCUAUGGGUGAAAGCCCAGCCUCUGUGGUUCUUAAUGCCUCAGCAGGAUUAUUUUCACUAAAGAUGGAAACACUGGAGUCUGAAUUGACCUGUCCAAUCUGCCUAGAGUUGUUUGAAGACCCCCUUCUGCUCCCUUGUGCUCAUAGCCUUUGCUUCAGCUGUGCCCAUCGCAUCUUGCUCUCAAGCUGUAGCUCUGGUGAAUCCAUUGAACCCAUUACUGCUUUCCAGUGUCCUACAUGCAGGUAUGUUAUCUCUCUGAACCACCGAGGCCUGGAUGGUCUCAAGAGGAAUGUGACCCUGCAAAACAUUAUUGAUCGCUUCCAGAAGGCUUCAGUCAGUGGGCCUAAUUCUCCAAGUGAGAGCCGCCAGGAGAGGACUUAUAGGCCCAGCACCGCCAUGUCUAGUCAGCGAAUUGCUUGCCAAUUCUGUGAGCAGGACCCACCAAGGGAUGCAGUGAAAACAUGCAUCACCUGUGAAGUCUCCUACUGUGACCGCUGCCUGCGGGCCACACACCCCAACAAGAAACCUUUCACCAGCCACCGCCUGGUGGAACCAAUGCCAGACACACAUCUUCGAGGGAUCACCUGCCUGGACCAUGAGAAUGAGAAGGUGAACAUGUACUGUGUAUCUGAUGACCAACUGAUCUGUGCCUUAUGCAAACUGGUGGGUCGUCACCGAGACCAUCGGGUGGCAUCCCUGAAUGAUCGAUUUGAGAAACUCAAGCAAACCCUGGAGAUGAACCUCACCAACCUGGUUAAGCGCAACAGUGAACUAGAAAAUCAAAUGGCCAAACUAAUACAGAUCUGCCAGCAGGUUGAGGUGAAUACUGCUAUGCAUGAGGCAAAACUUAUGGAAGAAUGUGACGAGUUGGUAGAGAUCAUCCAGCAGAGGAAACAAAUGAUUGCUGUCAAAAUCAAAGAGACAAAGGUUACAAAACUCAGAAAGUUGGCACAGCAGGUUGCUAAUUGCCGCCAGUGUCUUGAACGGUCAACAGUCCUCAUCAACCAAGCUGAGCACAUCCUGAAAGAAAAUGACCAGGCACGGUUUCUACAGUCUGCAAAAAAUAUCGCUGAGAGGGUUGCUAUGGCAACUGCAUCUUCUCAAGUUCUGAUUCCAGACAUCAAUUUUAAUGAUGCCUUUGAAAACUUUGCUUUAGAUUUUUCAAGAGAAAAGAAACUGCUGGAGGGGCUAGAUUAUUUAACAGCCCCAAACCCACCAUCUAUCCGAGAGGAACUCUGUACUGCCUCCCAUGACACCAUUACAGUCCACUGGAUCUCUGAUGAUGAGUUCAGCAUCAGCUCCUAUGAGCUUCAGUACACCAUAUUCACUGGCCAGGCUAACUUCAUCAGUAAGUCAUGGUGUAGUUGGGGCCUGUGGCCAGAGAUAAGGAAAUGUAAGGAAGCAGUAAGCUGCUCAAGAUUGGCCGGGGCGCCACGAGGCCUGUAUAAUUCAGUGGAUAGUUGGAUGAUUGUGCCCAACAUUAAACAGAACCAUUACACGGUGCAUGGACUCCAGAGCGGGACACGCUACAUCUUCAUUGUUAAAGCCAUAAACCAAGCAGGCAGCCGGAACAGUGAACCUACCAGACUAAAAACAAACAGCCAGCCCUUUAAAUUGGAUCCCAAAAUGACUCAUAGGAAGUUGAAGAUCUCCAAUGAUGGAUUGCAGAUGGAGAAGGAUGAAAGCUCUCUGAAAAAAAGCCAUACCCCAGAGAGGUUCAGUGGCACAGGGUGCUAUGGGGCAGCAGGAAAUAUAUUCAUUGACAGUGGCUGCCACUACUGGGAGGUAGUCAUGGGUUCCUCAACAUGGUAUGCAAUUGGUGUUGCCUACAAAUCAGCUCCAAAGAAUGAAUGGAUUGGCAAGAAUGCCUCCUCAUGGGUCUUCUCUCGCUGCAAUAGUAACUUCGUGGUGAGACAUAACAGCAAGGAAAUGCUGGUGGAUGUGCCUCCACAGUUGAAGCGUCUGGGUGUCCUCCUGGAUUAUGACAACAACAUGCUGUCUUUCUAUGACCCAGCUAACUCUCUCCAUCUUCAUACUUUUGAUGUGACCUUCAUUCUUCCAGUUUGUCCAACAUUCACAAUCUGGAACAAAUCCCUAAUGAUCCUGUCUGGCUUACCUGCCCCAGAUUUUAUUGAUUACCCUGAGCGGCAGGAAUGCAACUGCAGGCCUCACGAAUCCCCCUAUGUUUCUGGGAUGAAAGCUUGUCAUUAAGUUUUAAGAGCGCAUAUAAUUCACUAGCUCUCCCAUUCAGCAGUUCUUCCCCUCCUAAACCUAAGUUAGUGUUCAAUAUAUGAAAUACAAAAUAAAAUCCAUUUGAAGCAUCCAAAAUAACUAGAUAUUGUAGAUUUAAUUUUUGUGCAUUAAAGCUUGUAUCUGGAUUAAUGAAUUGAGUUUUUCUCAGAACAAAUUAUCUGAAUAGUCUGGGUUCAAGCCAUUGGAGAAAAAUUUAGAGAAUGCAUUUGUUGUCAUUAGAUAAUUAAAAAUUCCCAAAUGAUUUAGGAGUAUAAAUGAUAUUGGAAGCAAUUAGCAUAAUUCUAGGUUAAAAAAAAAUGUAGAAAGAUGCUCUGAACAAGGGGCUAGCCAGCCAGAAGGGGGUGGUAGUGGUCAGCCUUUCUAGUACUGGCCAGUUUAGCCAAAUAGAAUUUUGAACUGUGUCAAAUUGUCACAUAUUGUGUGUCACUUUUGAUAAAAACCUACAAUAAAGGGUUUAUUAUAUGUAAACCAUGAAUAUGUAUAUAUAAUAAAUAAAAUGAAUGCUACAUUCAUGUGAUGUAGGAUUCAUUUUAUGUAUUAUAUAUACGCAGUAAACGUUUUAAUUUGCUCAUUUUGAGUGAGAAAUAUUACUAGAAGGGAAAAUAAAUUACACCGUCCAUUUUUGUCCUCUAAAGGAAACAUCAAAAUCAAUCAGCAUUUCUCUUCUCCCUCCUUCCAUUCCUCCCUUCCUCCCUCCUGUCACACACAUACACAUACAGUCAUGAAUGACAUACAGAGUGGGAAGAGUUCUAGGUUGGGUUAGGAGAAAUUUGGGAUAAGAUUGCACAAGGGAGACAAUUUCUAGAUAGAAAAUUGGUCCAGGUAGAAGUGUCCUAUGGAGCACAAUUUCGUUGAUGCUUCCUAAUAGAGGAGGUCCAUCUGAAUUGUUAAAAAUUCUGUCACAGAAUAUUUCAAAGAAAUACAGUUUUAUUACUGUCAAGUACAUACAGUUGCUUUUAAAAGCAUAAUGGAAGUUCUUUAGGAACUUGCUUAAUCGGUAAAAAUGGAGUGUUAGACAUGCAACGACUAUUUGCAUAUAAAUGUACUUGUAUUUUCAGAUAAAACACUUCUGAAGUGCUUAAGAAUGCCUGAAAACAGUUUGUUUUCUUAAAUAGGUUAAAUAAUCAUUCCUCUUGCAAUCUUGUUUACACUAUUCAUUUGCUUAGCCAACUCUUCCUGGCAAAUGCAGACAUAAAAUUCAUCCUAGUCCUCAUCAGUAUAUCUGAAGGGAGUGGAGCUUUAUGGUCUGUGAUUUUGUUAGUUCCGUUGCAGGGAUUGGGGAUUUCAGAAAACCAGAGCUUUUCUCCUUUCCAGGAGCUAAGUCUGUAUCAAGGAGUGUACUUGAGAGUUGUGAAAAUAUUACUAUUGUACAAUUACAGAGUGGUAGCUGCAGUAAUUCCCCCAGAUUGGAGCCUGGAAACAAUGUCAAAAUUUCUUCCUUCUUCCUUUCCACCAGCUUGGUGGAUGUUCAUUUAUUAAUUCAUUCAAUAAACUAUUAGAUGCCAGGUACCACACAACUGCUGUGGGAGUGCACAUGUUAAUAAAACAUAGUACCUGCUGUCAAAUGGCUUCCUAUUCUGUAGAAGAGACAAAGUAUCUAUAUUAAUCCCUGCCAUAACAGUUAUGUAUUGUUUCUAAACCUAACAGGGAAAGAAAGACCAAUGCAGAUACAGAAGGAAGGCUCAAACCUACAUAUCUAGUGCCAAAGUCAGCUUUUUGUUUUAAAGACCAUUAUGUCCUUAUUGCUAAUCAGGACAUAAGAAACCUCAAUAAGAUUCAUCAGUGCUGUAAUGGAAACCUCAUAACCUUUUGAUUAAAAUGAUCCUAGUUUCUCUGCCAUUUAUUAGUGGUAUGAUUUAGGGCAAGUACUUCAUUCUCUGAGCCUCUGAUUUCUUUUCUGUAAAAUAAUGUCUACUUCACAAGGCUGUUUCAAAGAUUUAAAAAGAUAGCAUGUGUAAACUGUCUAGGUCAGUGCCUGGCAUUUACUAAGUGUGCCAUAAGUAUUAAUCUCUUCCCCUAUCCCCAGCUCCAAUGCUGUGUAGCAGUGCUUUAAAAUGUGUGCCCUUCAUUUUUUAGUUACCCUGGUCUUUCUCCUAGGGCCUAACACCAAAUUCUUAAACAUAAAUAAAUGAUUUUCCCAUUUUAUAAAGCCUUUCAUUGGCUCCUUAGCAUUCAUUAGAAGGUCCCCACUCCUUAGAGUUUGACUUUUCAUGUCCCUGUUUGUUUUCCCAGCUUCACCUUUGCUACUUUCCCCCACAUGCUGGUUACUCUAGCCAAGUUGUUCUCUGUGCUUGAAGCAGAGACAUUAUUAACAAUUUUAAUGCCCAGAAUAAACAAUAGGAAUUUUCCUUAAAUUAAGGGAAUAGUGUGAAAAUGCUGUAAGUAUAGAACACUCCACCUCCACCCCAGUCUAAUUUCCUUUGCCUUGUCCUUGCCUCUCCAAAGCCAUUCAUUUACUUUUGUGUCCUUUAGAUUUUAGUACUCUGGAACAAAGCUCUAAUUUCCCUACCCUACUUUUGCCUGGCCUACCUUUCCCCACCCUUACCCCUCUCAACCAGACUAAGUCCUUGACUCCCUAAACUGGGUUAUGUUCCUCUCUUUGGAGCUCCAAUGACACCCUGUGCAUCCUUCUCUCAGCAAUAAUCACAUUGUAUAGCAAUGUAUUUCAAAGUGUUUUUCAGACCACCUACGUUAGACUCAUCUUUAAAACAAUUGAUUCUGGGAUUGUACUCCUGAUUAAUUAGAAUAUCUGGAAACAUAGGUAGAAAUAUACAUUUUGACAAGCUCCUUGUCUGAUUCUGAUGCACACAAAAGUUUAAUGUGUGAUAAUCAUCUUCCCUACUAGACUGUGAAUAUCUUGAGAGCAAGGACUGUAUCUUUUUUUAUUGUUGUAUUUUAAUACCUGGCACAGUGUCUACAAUUGAGUAGCUAUCUGGCUAAUGUUUAUUGAAUGAAUGUAUGAGUGAACAAAUGAAUUAACAAAGUUUCCCUCUUGUACUCUGAUAUCCAUAGUAAUGUUUGUUAGUUCCUGGACAGAAAAGCUUGGUUACUACUCCAUUUGGGCUGUAUCGAUACUAUUUUUACAGAUGUACCAGGGCUCAUACAUAUAAAUGAGCAUUGUCCUUCUUAAAAAUUUUGGCAGUUAUCUUAAAGAAUUGUCUUUGGAGCAUGUGGCACCAUUCUUUUCAAUAUCAUUUCAAUCUUUUCAAACUUUGUUCCUUGAAGGUGGAUUUAAGUUUUGGUUAUAGCCAGGAAUUAUAGCUAGGCCUUGAAUAAAAUAGGAAAUUAAACUGAGUUUGGGAUAAGCAAUGAAGUUAAAGUCCCAACUUCUGAACCAAAUAAUGAAAAGUGAUUUCUAAGAUAUAACAUGGUAGCAGAGUACUCAAUGGGGUAUGAUGAGUCCCAGAUAUUUACUUCAAUUAACUUAAGACUUUCAUAGAAUCCUGGCAAUGCCAGGAACCUUAGGAGAAGUCACUGGCUACCACUAGCUAAACCCAGUUGGACAAAGGGAAUAUGACCUAUAUUUAACAUCUUCAAGGAAGAUAACUCCAUAAGCUUUUGUUGUUACUGCUUUACUCUAUUUUCCACAACCCUUUCUAUCAGAAAAUUAUUUUAUGUCUGCAAUUUAUGCUUGUUUCUGCUUUUUAUAUUGUCUUAUUGAAGAAAGCACAAUAAUAAUCAAAAUAAAGUUAAAGCUGUUUUGAGAAUAUGAAAGAAAUUUUAAUGCCACAUUGAGGUUCUGGCUAUUUGUAAGUAAGUAACUGCAUCUGAAUGUGUUUUUAUUAUGUAAUUCCAUUGUGUAUCUUUGGAUGCGGUAAAAUUCAGAUUGCAACAAAAUCACUUAUAUGUUCUUUCUGGCUAAAACACGCUAGGUGAAUUUUCUAAGCUUCCUUGGUUUACGUAUUUAUAUAUGACUACCUGGAUGGAGCAAUCCAUGGAUGGACUUUUGAAUAAGCUCAAAUAUUUGAUAACCCUUUCCUCCAAAGAAUGGAGAAUGUGAGGCAGGUAGAUAAGAACCGAUCCUACACUUAUUUCUAGCUCCUGAAGCCAACUGCAGCCUCGGAGCCAUUGGGCUGUAUUUGGCCACUGUGUAUUACAGGUUGGCCAGACUGAUAGCCAUCAUGUCAGGCAAAACUGCCUUUUAUGGUGUGGUCUGCCAGCUUCAAAUAUAUGCUGUAUUGUUGUUAUUGGCUAGAAUAUUUAUUAGACUAUUGUUGGACUAUUUUUUAUCAAAUGCUUUACCCCAGGCCUGUUUGUACUGGGAGCUCUGGACCAAUAGUGUCUCUCCUAGUGACAGAACUAUGAACAUCUGUGGAUUACACAGCCUCAUCCCUCUCUAAAAUAUCCCAGCCCAUCCAAAAUGCUAUAUUAUGAAUUAAAUAAAUAUAUAUGUAUUCAUGA